AUGCCAGUCGCGAACCCUACCAUUGGUUCGACAAAAGAUGAAGCUGCAGAGAAGUCAGGGUCCAAGCUGUUGUCCUAUCGUCUCAACUCAGGCGUCGUUCUGCAACCUCCUUGGACACCAUUCCGGCCCCGAAUUCCUUGUCGGCCACAAGGUCAACGGACAGCUCCAGAAGGCCACAAACUUGGUCACACUGUCGAUGGUAACGUCUUCAUGCUGAUCCAGCUCCACAUGCAAGUCACUGUGAACGCCACUUCACUUGGGCUACACAUUGCUGUGACCAGAUGUGGUUUUCCUCGAUAUGGCGAGAACCAUGAAGCCCGGAUUCAUGGACGAGACACAAUGCUCAACGUGGCAAUAGCCAGAGCCAGACAAGCGGAAAUUGUUCUGAUGCACCCUGCAAUGACUUUUCGCGCGCGUCAGGCCAAGCGGGUACCAACCGAUUACACAUCAAAGGUCUGGGUGGAUGCAGUUGGGGACGAGGAGGAUGCUGAAAGCUCUGUUUCCCGUUGCGAUUGUCUUGUGACCUCCCGCCCCUUAGAGGUGCGUGUUGCCUCGGAGUCAGGACCAUGGAGGGGAAACUCUGCGCUUGAUAACGGCAUCGAUACGUGCUUCUUGAAAAUGGCCUUGAAGACGCCUUCUCGGCGAUAA